ACCCUCACCGCUGAGCCUGAAGCCAUGUCUGAUGCCGCAUCGAGCCCGUAUGCUCUGCGGGGUUCCGCGCCAGGCCGAAACCCGUCUCCCAAUGUCUCCCAUCUGGCCUCUUGUUGCCGUCCUCCGCGCUCCCUGCGCCGUUUGCGCUCUGCCCAAGCAACUACCAGCCGACGCGCAAGUAUCCUACGAUGCUACUCCAACUCGUCCGAAGACGUCGGACGUGCGGGAUCGCCCACUACGUCGCGUUCCCUGGCGCGUUGUCCAGAGGCACCCGCAAUCCUCUCCUCCCGCCUGCUACCCACCGACCACCAUCUUGUCUCACUCGCCCGAUCGCAUCCAUCACAUCUCUGAAGCACAGUAAUGCGCGGUGCGUCGCUCGACUCACCGACCAUCACCUCGUUCCCCUUGCCCGGAGUCUUGCAUCACAGCGCUGCCGGACAGUAGUCCAGCGUCGCUCGACUCGUUUCUGUUACUCCGACCAUGUUUACCGUACAUUCCCAUGCAUCCUCGUCGUGACAUCGCCCGCGGACCUCGUUUCCGAUAACACGAGCUCGGCUCUUGCCUGCCCUCCGACACCAUCAACGCACAAAUGUGUUGCCGCACGGGCGGCUGUCAUCAGCAUGCCUCAUACCACAGCAAACGUCGAGAAUGCCUAAGCGUCUCGGAGGCUCGUCAUCGCAGCCUCCACUUGGGUUGAGAGCGCGUGGCCGUCACCGGCUCGCGUGCUCGCAUGACGAGCGCAUCUACAGG